AUGUCGGCCCAGACUCCAGAUAUUGAGAGCAACAAAAAAGAAGAAUUGGAAGCGAGUGAUCGUACAGAGUCAACCAUCGACGACAAGCACUCUCUAGCCAACAGCAUUCAAGACAAGCAACAUGGCGUCCCAGCUUUGCCUGCCGAUGGCGAGCCCGAGUACGUCACAGGCUUCCGGCUGUUCCUCAUCAUGUUCACCAUCUUCAUGAGCACGCUCCUCGCCGCCCUGGAGAUUGGCAUCAUCGCCACAGCAAUUCCCGGCAUCACCGAUGAGUUCCACCGCCUCGACGACGUCGGAUGGUACGGAAGUGCCACGUUCCUCCUCGCCGGUGCCUCCUCGCCAAUGUGGGGGAAGCUAUACAAGUACGUCGACGUCAAGUUUGCCUACCUUGCCUCUGUCGCAUUCUAUUUGGGCGGGAGCAUUGUAGGCGGUGCGGCUCCGAAUAGCACGGCCGUCAUUGUCGGUCGAGCCUUUCAAGGCCUGGGUGGCUCCGGUACUCUCAGCGGCUCUGUCCUUGUUAUCAACUACGUUGCAGAGCCUAAGAGACGACCUGUGCUGAUCGGUAGCUGGAUGGGCGUCUUUAUGAUAUCGACGAUUCUCGGGCCGGUCAUCGGCGGCGCUUUCACGAGCGCAGUAUCCUGGCGAUGGUGUUUCUGGAUCAACCUGCCACUUGGAGGCCCCGUCGUCGCCCUGUUGCUACUCUUCUUGCAGGUGCCGAAGCAUAUAAAGCCUUCCCCUGCUACAUUGAAAGAGAUCAUCUUACAACUUGACCUCCCGGGUUUCAGCUUAUUGCUUGCCUCGCUUGUUUGCUUGACCUUGGCCCUCCAGUGGGGCGGCCAGACUAAGGCAUGGGACGAAGGCUCUGUCAUUGCCACCUUGGUCCUUUGCAUUUCCUUGACCAUGGCCUUUUUCGCCGUCGAGUGGCUCCAGGGAGAGCGCGCCAUGGUUCCGUUGACGCUUCUGAAACCGCGUGUGACUUGGGCCAAUGCCUUGUACUCUUACAUCUCAAAUGGCGCUGAUUUCCAGGUCAUAUUCUACCUUCCAAUCUACUUUCAGUCGAUACACGGCCAGUCCGCCAUUAUGAGCGGUGUCAACAGCAUUCCGUUCCUGGCAUUCUUCGCUUUGGGAGCUAUAGUUAGUGGAGCGGCCAUUGGGAAGACACGCCACUUGCAGCCCUACCAGCUGCUCAGUGCACACCUGAUGACAGCCGGCGCGACUCUGCUUUAUACCAUGGAUGUAGACUCCUCUCAAGCUCGGUACAUCGGUCCUCAGGUUCUCUUUGGGUUUGGUCUGGGUCUCGGGAAUCAGAUCCCGAUGACCGCAGUGCAGGGUUUUUCCACGCCCGAAAAUGUGGCAAAUUCCACUGGUAUCAUGCUGAUGUGUCAAUCCAUCAGUGGCGCCUACUUCAUUACCGUGGCGCAGUCGCUCUUUGCCAACCGCAUGCUGCAAACCCUCUCAACAACUGCGCCGAACAUCGACACUGUCAAGGUUAUUAAUACUGGUGCAUCGGAAAUUCAGCAUGUCUUCGAAGGUGGAGAUCUAGCUGCUGUGCUCGAUGCCUAUAUGGUUGGCAUUAAAAGCGUCUUUGCAUUUUCUCUGGCUGGCUCCGUAUUGACUGUCAUUAUAGCCUUGGUGAUUCCUUUCAAAAAGCUUCCUGACUACGAGGGAAAGAAAUCAGAGGAGAACGUGGCAGUUGCUUAG